CCGCCGCUCACUCUCCCUCCGCUGCUUCUCCCCGCAGGGUUAAAGGUGAUUCUUUAUCGCCGAGUUGCAGUGCCAUCCAGCGCCUCACAACCCCCGCCAUGGCCUCAAGCGACGAGCUGGCAUGUGUCUACGCCGCCCUUAUCCUCAUGGACGACGAGGUGCCCAUCACGGCUGAGAAGAUCUCCACCAUCCUGAAGGCUGCCAACGUGUCCGUGGAGCCUUACUGGCCCGGCAUGUUCGCUAAGGCGGCGGCCGGCCUUGACCUGCGCUCCAUGGUCAGCAACGUGGGCUCCGGCGCUGGUGUAGGUGGUGGCGCCCCUGCUGCUGGUGGUGCUGCCCCUGCUGCUGGUGGUGCUGCAGCCCCCGCUGCUGAGGCCAAGAAGGAAGAAGAACCAGAAGCCGAAGAAUCUGAUGAGGACAUGGGCUUCAGUCUGUUCGGCUAGACACCAACACCUCUGCCGCCAACGUUACCUGACCAAAUAAAGCUGCGAUGGUUUU